GAAAGAUUUGCUUAACGUUAUCCCCAGUUCACUUUCACACCUUCAGGUACUAGCUAAGUAGAUGCACCAUCCUUGGCCGUUCGUCGUCGUCGCCAUGGCGGCAUCGGCGCCAGAUUGCGGCGACGACGUGUUGCCAGAGCUGGCGCAAGCGUUGUCUUCGUGUUCGACCGCUGCGUUUGGGAAACCAGACGUGUGGAACCCUUUCUUCACCCUCGUAACGGAGCUUCGCAAGCCCGAGUCGUUUGUGUUGGCGGAUUUUUGCUCCAACGGCCUUCCAGGAUGUGCAGACUUGGUCGCGUUGAGCUCCAAUCGAUCGUUUGACUGUAGCUGCUGGCUGUACAAAGCCACCGCGAUCAACGUAUACCAAGACAUCCCGUUGUUGUGCCCCAGCAUGCACCCCACGCGCACAUUGCAGCUGUUUACCCGCAACGACAAACUCGUGACGGUGCAAGGCCAAGCGCUGGUGGCCAGCCCCCGGCUCACCGCGUUCAACCAGUCGUUCACGUUCGACAUGGCCACUCACCACAUCGAAAGCAAUGAAUUGUGUGGUCACUACUGCAUUGAAGCCACUCCAGCUUCUCCAUCUACCAGCCACACCUUGGCCAUAACACUGACAUUAGCUCCAUGCGACAACGUUAACUCGAACCAACAAUGGCAGGUGCAGCCGUACUUGAACCGCGUUCGGCAUCUCAACGUCCCGAAUGCCUGCUUGUCGGCAGACCCGUUUGCGACCAACUACGCGAUUCGCGUCGAGCCGUGCGAGUCGGCGUUUCCAGCAAAGCAGUACUUUACCACGUCCGCGCCGUACGACGACGGGUGCCCUACCGCCGAAUACGACGUUGAUUAUCCCGGCUUUGACCUCGAGAGCCGGGUGCUAGAACAGCCUAGCGCGUGCUGCUUGAGCUGCAACUGGCACCCCACCUGUCGCGCAUAUGCGUGGGCGGACGGUGUGUGCUACUUUAAGAGCGCCUUCAACACGUCAUCGCACGCAGUCCCCAAGCCUGGCGUCGUGUCUGGGGCAGUCACGAAAUGCAGCACGUGGUCAGAAGCGUAUGACAUUGUCGGCAUGGACGUCGGCUCGGUCAAGUCGCCGACGAAAGAGCGCUGCUGCGACGUGUGCCAAGCCACGCCGACAUGUCGAGCCAUGUCGUGGAGCAACUUCCAAGGGGGCACGUGCUGGCUCAAGUCUGGCUACGGCGACUACCAACCAGCCGAAGGUGUCUGGUCGGCCUUUGUGAUCGAUUAACAAGUUCUAUUUAUCGUUGGCCACAUUUGCUUGAGAAACUACAGUAGGCACAGAUAGGUUUAUAAUAUAUCGGUACAGGUCUUGCAGA